AGUAAAAAGUCAAAAAAGGUUAAAACAAAAGAGCGUAAAACAUCAGAUUUGAAAAAUUUGAUUCAAGUUGAUGAGAUUGAAUUGCCUCCUCCUGAAGCUCCAAUAUGCACUGCUGUAACUUUUAAUUCCAUCUCACUACAGUGGGACCAAGAUGAUCUCAGUGAUGAUAAACUUUACAUAGUGCAAUAUUCGCAUCAGAAAAAGAAAUGGGAUACUGCGUACAACGGUUAUGCAAAGAGCGAAGUCUUGAAAUCUCUUCCACCAAAUACAGUUUUUUACUUUCGAGUAAAGUACAAAAAAGGUAUGGCAGAAAGUGAUUGGUCGAAUAUUACUGAAGUUACAACAGCCAAAGAGCCUCUAAGCAUGCUUGAUCUGCAUAAAGCAGUGCAAAGUGAAAAUUUAUCUAAAGUAAUCAGUAUUUUAGAAAGAGAUGAACACCAUCAAUUAAAAAUAGAUUCCCCAGAUCACUAUGGAUUAUCUGUUUUGAUGAGAGCCAUACUAAGGAAUUGCAACGAUAUAGCUGAAGUACUUAUUAAGCAUGGCGCCGACAUCAAUUAUAGUGAUGCUAGUGGAAGAAAUUGUCUAAUGACAGCUUGCUUUAUCGGGAACUUGGAAGCUACAAAACUUCUGAGAAAAUUAGGAUGUAAAUGGACCACCGUUGAUAAAUUCGGAAACACGCCUUUGCAUUGUGCGGUUGAAGGAAAUAGCUUGGAAGUUAUUAAAUGGGCGAUUAAAGAUGGAGUCGAUAUUCAUGCAACAGAUAAAAAUGGACUGACGCCGCUUCUGAAACAUGCUCUUAAUGGAGGUUCUAGCGAAAUAACAAAAUUGUUAAUAUUAGAAGGCGCAAAUAUCGAUGCACAAGAUAUAUAUGGUAACACUGCUCUAAUUUUAGCUACUGUUAGAAACAAUCCAGAAAUUGUUCGAGAGUUAAUCGCUAAUAACUGUGAUUGGUCUCUACCAAGUUAUUACAAUAGAACCGCCAUCGAAAUCGCUGAAAGUCUUGAUCGUAGAGUGAUAAUACAACUUCUGAGCAAGUUCAAAGAUGAAUUAGAAAAUGAAGCUAAUAAGAAAAUGUUGAAAGAUAUAGAUCCGGAAAAAUUAAAAAUGCAAGAGACAAAUGAUGAUAAUAAAGAAGAAGCCUUCCUUCCAGAUAAAACACCGAUUUACAAAAUUCCGAAAUUACAAGCAUCCUUCAAAGAGCUAAAGGAUUCAAAACUCGAUGAUAUCGAUGACGAUUCGAAACCCGAAACAAGCUCUAAUGUAUAAGAUUUCAGACGCCUUUGAUUCAAAAGCUCUAUUGAAUCUCAAAUUGCAGACACCGAAAUAAAUAACGAAGAUUUAUUUUAUUAAUGUUUUUGAAAAUAAUUUUCCUACUGAAUUCUUCAUUAUAAUUAUAGAAAUUUAACAUACUAUUCUAA